AUGGAUGUUGGAAAUCACACCAUCCUGACUGAAUUCAUCUUACUGGGUCUCUCAACAGACCCCCAGUGGCAACUAAUACUAUUUGGAAUAUUUCUGACUGUCUAUUUGGUAACCUUGUCAGGGAACAUGACCUUGGUUAUCUUAAUUCGUAUUGAUUCUCACCUGCACACACCUAUGUAUUUUUUCAUUGGCAAUCUGUCUUUCUUGGAUUUCUGGUACACCUCUGUGUACAUUCUCCUAGCAGCCAUGGCAUAUGACCGCCACAUGGCGAUCUGUAGCCCGCUACUUUAUUCAAGUUCUAUGUCUCAUUCUCUCUGUACCAGACUUGUUGCUGGCUCCUAUAUAGGAGGGUUCUUGAAUGCCAUAGCACAUACUGCCAACACUUUUCGCCUAAGUUUUUGUGGCAAAAAUAUCAUCGACCACUUCUUCUGUGAUGCUCUGCCACUGGUGAAGAUGUCAUGUACAGACACCAAGGUCUAUGAGGAGAUCGUCUUGGGUCUCGUGGGUUUCACGGUCCUCUCGAGCAUUCUUGUCAUCAUCAUUUCCUAUUUCCACAUUCUUCUUGCUAUUCUGAAGAUCCGCACGGCUUCAGGAAGGCGCAAAGCCUUCUCCACCUGUGCCUCACACCUGGUCUCGGUCACGCUCUUCUAUGGAUCCUUGCUCUUCAUGUACUCAAGGCCGAGCUCCACCUACUCCCUGAAGAGAGACAAAGUGGCUGCCCUGUUCUACACUGUGGUCAACCCACUGCUCAACCCUCUCAUCUAUAGCCUGAGAAACAAAGACGUCAAAGAGGCCUUCUGGAAAGCGACAAAGACCAUAAGACCUCAGAGAUGA